UGUCUACUCAUCAUUUCACAAAAAAAUAUUUGCAUUUAUAAUUUGCUCAAUUUGUUUUUCUCUACUAUGGAUUCUUCCUCCCCUUUUGACUCUAUUAUUUUCGAUUUGGAUGAUACUCUGUAUUCGUCUAAGACUGGAAUUGGACAAUCCUUGAAGAAGAACAUUGACGAUUUUCUGGUGGAGAAAUGCGGUUUUCCGGUGUCGAAAGCAUCGGCUUUGCGUGUUGAGCUUUUCAAAACUUAUGGCAGUUCUCUUGCCGGAUUACGAGCUAUAGGCUAUGAUGUUGAUGCCGAUGAUUAUCACAGCUAUGUGCACGGAAGAUUACCGUAUGAUUUGAUUAAACCGGAUCCCCAAUUACGAAGCAUUUUGCGUCGUAUUAAUCAAAGGAAAAUUAUUUUCACGAAUUCGGAUCGAAUUCAUGCGAUGAAGGCUUUGGAUCGUCUUGGAAUUACGGAUUGUUUUGAACAGAUCAUUUGUUUCGAGACGAUGAAUUUUAACCUCUCUAAGGCAACAAGGCCGGAAGAGAUUCCGGUGAUAUUGAAGCCUUCAAUGGAGGCAAUGAAUAUCGCCAUUGAAGCUGCUCAGAUCGAUCCUUAUCGCACGCUCUUCCUUGAUGAUAAUGUUAAGAACAUAGCUGCUGGAAAAGCUGUGGGGCUUCAAACAGUUUUGGUUGGAAGAUCGACCAAGACGAAAGAAGCUGACUAUGCAUUAGAGAUAGUGACUGAUUUGGUUCAAGUAGUACCAGCAAUAUGGUUCAAGGAAGAAGAAAAAGAUCAAAAAAUAACACGUACAAGAAGUGAAAUGGACUUUGUUGCAACCACAGCAGUGGGUGCUUAAUCUAUGUCAAGAAAAAACCAAAAUAA